GAUUCAUUUUGGAUUUCUUCCUUCUAACAGUUUGACGAUAAGAAGUGUCAUAAGAAUCAGACUGGAAAAUUAUAUUUUUGGAAAGAAUUAAGAGUGAGCGAAACUCAGGGCACGAACUUUUAACAUAAUGCCACUGCCGAUUCAGGCUGUGCUUUUUCAGCAGAAUGCAAUGGAGCCCAUGCAGGUUGACGCUCCUACCGAAGACAAUGACAACACAGAGGAGGAACCGUACAUCGUGGAAAAUCCCUCAUUAGACUUAGAAGUUUACGCUAAUAGCUACACUGGUCUUGCAAAGUUGUAUAGACUAAUCUAUAUCGCAGAUCAUUGCCCUACUCUGAGAGUUGAGGCUCUGAAAAUGGCGAUAGCUUAUGUGAUGACAACAUAUAAUACCGGGGUCUAUCAGACUCUGCAUAAAAAAUUGCAAGAGGCUGUUGGAACACCUGGUUUGCCAGAUAUAGCUGCUCAAUCUACAUCUCAAGACAUACCAACUAUUCAACACAUGUGGCUGGAGUCUCGGACAAAGAAGGCAGCUUUGAAAUUAGAAAAGUUUGACACCGAUCUUAAAAAUUAUAAGAGUAAUUCUAUCAAAGAAAGCAUUCGAAGGGGUCACGACGAUUUAGGAGACCAUUAUUUGGACUGCGGAGAUUUAAGUAACGCUCUCAAGUGUUACUCUCGAGCACGUGAUUACUGUACAAGCGGUAAGCAUGUUGUGAACAUGUGCCUUAAUGUGAUCAAGGUAUCGGUCUACCUACAAAAUUGGUCGCACGUUCUCAGCUACGUUAGCAAAGCCGAAACUACUCCUGAUUUUUCUGAAAUUCAUGGGAAGGAUAACAACCAGUCAAUUAUUACAAAGCUGAAAGUUGCCGCUGGCCUUGCCGAACUUGCCACUAUGAAGUACAAAAUGGCUGCUCGACAUUUUCUACAGGCUUCUUUAGAUCAUUGUGACUGCCCUGAGCUGCUCUCUCCGGGAAAUGUUGCCUUGUAUGGUGGUCUUUGCGCACUGGCUACUUUCGAUAGACACGAACUACAGAAGCAAGUCAUAUUCAGCAGUUCUUUUAAAUUGUUUUUGGAACUCGAACCUCAACUUAGAGAUAUUAUUUUCAAGUUUUACAACUCAAAAUACGCUUCGUGCUUGAAGUUAUUGGACGAGAUCAAAGAUAACAUUCUUCUUGAUAUGUACAUAGCGCCUCAUGUUGCCUCAUUGUAUACACAGAUCAGAAAUCGUGCUCUCAUCCAAUACUUUAGCCCGUAUCUAAGCGCUGAUAUGAGAAGAAUGGCGACUGCUUUUAAUAGAACUGUACCAGCCCUCGAGGAUGAACUGAUGCAGCUCAUUCUUGAUGGACAAAUUCAGGCGCGCAUCGACUCGCACAAUAAAAUUCUGUAUGCCAAAGAUGUUGAUCAACGUAGUACUACAUUUGAGAAAUCAAUCAGCAUGGGAAAAGAAUAUCAGAGGCGUACUAGAAUGCUCAUUCUUCGAGCUGCGAUGCUGAAGCAUCAGAUCCACGUAAAGAGCCCACAGCGUGAUACAACCCAAGGAGGUGAGAUGUCUGUGGCGCCGGGAAACAGCAGUCAGACAUCGAGCACCUGAAGUAAUUUAUUUUGCGUCUUGAGAAUGUGAUUGAAUGAAAAUAAGCGCAUCACUGCUAGAGCUAAGGCUUUUAUGUAAAUGAACUCUUUGCCAUUGUGUUCUCUGAAAGUUUGAAUUUUUUCGUACGUCAUAUUAACUCACCAUUGUAUAUAAAUAUGGCCUAUACGUUAUAAAUAAACCACCUAGUGUCAAUCAAGAAUCGCAAUAUUACACCUAAAAAAGGCAUUUCAAUUGUCAAAGAACUCGACCGGCUCCAGUGUUAGUUAUUCGUACCUAAUUUGGAUUGCAUGGUACAAAGAGUCACUUCUCAUGGGAAGCUUUGUUUGGAUAAUAAUUUGCACAUGUCUAAAACUAAUUACCGAUUAAUAAAUUCAAAUUUUUUAUA